AUGUCGGCUCCGUCCCGGCCGGCGGGUGCCCUCUUCCGCAACCUCGCCCGAUCUAGUCGGCGAUCAUUGGCUCUCCCAUCGUCAGCAAACCGUGCUAUCGCAGCUUCUACCGCGACAUCACCUGCUCUACGAUGGCACUCUACUUCCUCGUCAUCCAACAACUCAUCACAGAACUUCUCCUCUGUCAACCCCGAUGAGGUUUCACACUUCAAUGCCCUCGCCGCCGACUGGUGGGAUCCUCAUGGCUCCUCCCGACUACUUCACCUCAUGAAUCCUCUACGUCAUGACUUCAUCCGCGAAUGUCAGCGCAACGACCCCGAUGCUCCCACUCGCGACCUUAGAAUCCUCGAUAUUGGCUGCGGUGGCGGAAUUUUUGCUGAAAGUGCUGCCCGUCUACCGACUACACGCCAUGUCACUGCUAUCGAUCCCACCCCCGAAGUCCUCGCUAUAGCGCGUGCGCAUGCCCGCAAAGAUCCUGGUCUUCGCUCUAAGCUUGAGUACCGCCAGACAUCCAUCGAGAACCUACAUAUCCCUGCGACGCCGCAAGAGGCCUACGAUAUCGUCUCGCUUUUCGAAGUUAUUGAGCACAUCGAUGCUCCAGGCGCAUUCCUGGAAAAGGUGCGCCCAUUUGUCAAACCUGGAGGAUGGCUUGUCAUGAGCACAAUCGCACGUACUUGGAUGAGCUGGUUUACUACCAACUUUAUGGCUGAGGAUGUUCUCGGUAUUGUUCCCAAGGGAACCCACGAUUGGAACAAGUAUCUUAACGAGGAAGAGCUAAGGACUUUCCUCGCAGGCCGAGGCUGGAGUCACCCUAUGGUCCAGGGCGUUAUAUAUGUUCCUGGACUUGGCUGGAAGCAGGUCAAUGGAAGUGAGAAGGUGGGCAAUUACUUUUUUGCUGUGCGAAGAUCUGAGCCUUAA